CUGGGAGGCUGCUGGCAGCGGCGUGGGGGAUGGUCAAGGCCGCCCAGCAGCUGACCUUCUGGGGCGUGUUCUACCCCUGGGUGUUCGCCUACCUGGGCUUCUACUUCCUGAGGGGCGGCAGCGGCAUGGAGGGUCUGCUGGCCAACAUGCGCGACCUGGUGUGGAUCCCCAUCACGCAGGCCGCCUUCCGCCGCAUCAGUCUGGACGUGUUCGGCCACCUGCUGGACCUAGACCACGCGUUCCACCUGCAUCGCAAGACGGGGCAGAUCAUGCGCAUCCUGGACAGGGGGACCAGCAGCAUACAGGACACCGUCAGCAUCGUGUUGUUCAACGUGAUUCCGCAGCUGAUCGACAUCGUGGUGGCGUGCACCUACCUAGCGGUGCGCAUGCAGCCCUGGGCGGCGGUCAUCGUGUUCAUCACGGUUGCCUCCUACGUGCCCCUCACCGUCAUCAUCACGGAGCGGCGCGGCGUCAUCCGCAAGCGCAUGAACGCACUGGACAACGCGCGCGAGGGACGCGCCACCGACAUGCUGCUCAACUACGAAACCGUAAAGUACUUUUGUAACGAGCGGUUCGAGCUGGCGGGCUACGAUAACGCCACGCGGCAGUACCAGGCUGCCGAGUACUGGCAGAUGGCCUUCCUGGCCAUGCUGUCCAUCACGCAGGCCUCCGUUGUGUGGCUGGGGCUGGCGGCGGGCAUGGUGGUGUGCGUGCGGGGGGUGGUGGGCGGCAGCCUGACGGUGGGGGACGCGGUGCUGUUCGUGACCAUGAUGAACCAGCUCUACGUGCCGCUCACCUUCUUCGGGAGCUACUACAGACAGGUCCAGAAGGCGCUCAUCGACAUGGAGAACAUGUUCGAGCUGCUGGACACGGAGCCGGGGGUGCAGGACAGCCCGGGGGCGGGGCGGCUGGUGGUGCGCGAGGCGCGGGUGGACUUCCAGCGGGUGGUGUUCGCGUACUCGCCCGCCUCGCCGCCGGUGCUCAAGGGGGUGUCGUUCACGGUGCCGGGCGGCAAGACGCUGGCGGUGGUAGGCGCCACUGGCAGCGGCAAGUCCACCAUCCUUCGGCUGCUGCUGCGCUUCUACGACCCCUCCAGCGGCCGGGUGCUGUUCGACGGACAGGACAUACGCGGGGUCACGCAGGAGUCGCUGCGCCGCGCCAUCGCGGUGGUGCCGCAGGACACCGUCAUGUUCAACGACACGGUGCUGUACAACAUCCGGUACGGCAGGACGGAGGCAACGGACGAGGAGGUCACCGAGGCCGCCUCCGUGGCCCACAUCCACACCUCCAUCGUCACCACCUUCAAAAAGGGCUACUCCACCCGCGUGGGCGAGCGCGGGCUGCGGCUCAGCGGCGGUGAGAAGCAGCGAGUGGCCUUUGCUCGCGCCGUGCUGAAGCGCCCCGCGCUGCUCAUCCUGGAUGAGGCCACCUCCGCGCUGGACUCGCUGACGGAGCUGGCCAUCCAGUCUAGUCUGCAGACGCUGAGGAGCCGGUGUACGACGGUGAUUGUGGCGCACCGGCUGAGCACCAUCAUGGACGCGGACCUCAUCCUGGUUCUGGACCGCGGCGAGGUUGCCCAGUGCGGCAGUCACUCCGAGCUGAUGGAGGAGGGAGGGCUGUACGCGGCCAUGUGGACCCGGCAGCAGGACACGGGGGCGGCGGGUUACACCACGCCCCUCAUCCACCACACCAGCCUCGCCACCGGCCCCGCCCCCACCGCCGUCGCCUCCACCACCACACAACGCCACAACUCCGAGCCACCCAGCAUCAACCUCAGCCCCCGCCCCAACCACCACAACGGAGGAGGAGGAGGGGGGGGAGGAGGAGCGGGUGCCGUACACACCGCCGCCCUGGCGCUGCACCGAGGCGGCAUCUCACCGGCGCCGCCGCCGCCCUCCGCCGCCGCUGCUGCGCGGCUGGGUGUGGCGGUAAAUGGCGGAGGCGGUGGCGGCGGUCGUGAGGGCGGCGGAGGCGGCGGGCGCAGUCCGGGAACGGGGGCUGGUGGCGGGAAUGGCGGCGGCGGCGGCCUGCCGCGUGUGCCCUCGCGGCUCAUGCGUCGCGCCUUUUUGAAUGAGGAGAUGAGCGAGAGCGGGGAGCAGGGCGCUGUGAGCAGGAACCCCACGCCGCGCAGGUCCCGUGCCCCCAUGGAGGACGAGGCCAACGAGCGGCUGUACGAGGACCGAGAGGUGGAGGACCCCGCAGACACACCCGCCAUGCCCUCGCCCUCCACUGCGCCCUCGCCGGCAGCAGCCCCCCGGCCCCCGCUGCCGCAGCCGCCGCCCGGCAGGUUCGACGACGCUGGCAGCGGCAGCCCCAACCGCGGUCCCGGCAGCGGAGGCGAGGGUCCUCAGCGCCCCAACGGCGGCCUGCACCUACCGGACGGGGUGUCGCACCGCCCGCCUCCCCCCGACCCGCGGCACCCCCCCGCAAGCAGCCCGCCGCCACCGCCGAGGGCGUCCGCCGGCCCGCAGCAGCCCGCGGCCCUGGAGCGGUUCGGCAGCGGCAGCGGCGGUAGUCCCCCAGCCACUACUGCGACGUCGGCGUUUGCGACACCCGCAGCCGCGGCGGCAGUGCUGAUUGAAGCUGCCAUGCCGCAACAACAGCAGCAACAGCACCAGCCGCAGCAGCAGGCGGUGCAGCGAGAGGUGUUCGGAUCGCCGGUGCCGUACGUGUCCCGGAAGGGCACCGGGUCCAGUGUUGAGGCUGGCGGUGGAAGAGGUGGCGGCGGUGCUGGUGGUGGCGGUUCUGGGGCUGUGUCGCCGUUCGCGGCUGGGUCGCCGUCGGCGGCUGGAGCGCUGGGUCGGGAGGCGACUGCAGUGGGGUCAGUGCAGGGACGUAAGGGUCCUGGCGAGGGUGGCGGCAGCAGCGGUGGUGGGGUCGCGGGCUCGCCUAAUGGGGCGGUGUGAGGGGCUAAGAAGGAGGAGUGCCGGUUACGGAAGAGGAGGAGGAGGAGGAGGAGGAGAAGUGGAGGCUGCUGGGUCCGGUGUGGCCGGCCCAGCAGCUAGGUCACUGCAGUAGAGUCUCUAGGAAUGAUGUGGGGGCUGACUAGUAGCUAGUAGGGGUCAUAGCUGGGAGGAAAGUGUAGAAGUGAAGUCAGGGAGUGUGGUGCAGUCUGCGGGGAUGUGGACGUUGAUUAGUGUCGCUGUUAGUGGGGGAAAUAGACGGCGUGAUGCAGUACUGUUGUGCGCGGGGCUCGGGGUAGAAGUGGGAAGGAUAUCUCCUCGGCACAUCCAAAGGGGUGGGAGGGGAAGUCCCAGGAGAACAAAGAGAGGACCGCGGUGCUGGGAGGAAGGUGGCGGAGGUGGGGGCGGCCGGUGGGGGCGGUCUGGGGGGCGGAGGAACACGAGUGUAGGGACGGGCCAAGGGCGGCGACGGUGGCGUCUUUCUGAUUGCUGGAAAAGCACUGGGGAUCUGAGGGCCUGGUGGUGGAGGGUCCUGGUGACUGUGACGGUACUGAUGACCCAUGGGUCGCAAUGCGGUGCCGGGCUCGGGCGGCAGCCCGCAGCAGCCACAAGAGUCGCCGCGCACAGCGGUACCCAUGGACGUGGGGCGACGUAACGCAGGCAACAUCAUGCAGCAUGCAAGGCAUCCUGCACGGUAGGGGUGUCGCGCCUGUCAGGAUUGCAGCGGUGGGGAAGGGGGCCGACCCGGCCCCGGUACGUCGAUGGACGACUGCAUGAGAGGGACUACAACCUUGAUAAGUUGCAUGGGGCCGUGUAGAGAGAAGGCUUGCAUGGGACCGCGUAGGCUGGCAUGGACCCUGGCCGUGCUGCCACCAGCGCUGCUUGCGGCCAGUGGGAGUGAGCGGGACGAGGACGGUGGUGCUGCCGGCGCCGGACGAAGAUGGCUUCAGUAUGGUAUGAUGCCGAAACUGUUUUCUUUUGCAGACACGGCUGAAGUGCAUGCGGCAUUGGUUAAGGCACGUUUGUUCUUGUUUUCUGAUCCUUUGUUGAAGUCGCAUGUGUGGUGCGUGUCGUGGUGCAAGGGCGUGGUAGGUAGAGCGUAGAGGUGUGAUACCAGGACACCAGAGUGUAGAGUUUCUUAGUGGUUGGAGACUUAACAAUCAUUGUUUUGGUCUAUAGUUUGUAGCAUUAGGAACUCGUUCUUCCCUCGGGCUGUUUUUGCCAUGGCUGUAGGAUAAGUGACGUUCCGCUCCUGACACGUUCGGUCCUGUUUUGUUACGGACAUGGACUGUUGUUUGGCGCUUUUUGGACGGCUAAAGCUGUAAUGACCCCAGGGUUACGGAGCUGGUUAUCGGUAUGUGCCAGGGACUGCGCUGUCCGGUUAUGGUCUGUUCGGUUGGACAUGGAAGGUGCGAUCUCUCGGCUAGCUGUCGUCUUGCUGCUUACCCCUUGCCCACACCCAAG